AUGCAUUCUUCCAUCGUCCUCUCUUUUCUCGCUGCCAUCGCAACCCUUGCCUCGGCGAGCCCUUCCCUCAACACCAAGCGCGACGACACGGUCUGCGCACCGGGUACUGGCUUCUUUCAGUCCUGUGCCAAUGGCUUCCGCGGCUGCUGCAAGGCCGACGCCUGCACCAUCGGCUACUGCCCCGACCUGGCCAUUGCCUCCUCCUCAAAGCGCGCCGCCGACCCUACAGUCUGCGCACCCGGCACCGGCUUCUUCCAGUCGUGCGCCAACGGCUUCCGCGGGUGCUGCAAGCAGGACGCCUGCACUAUUGGCUACUGCCCGGACGUCAAGACCUUUGAGACGGUGACCAAGACGGCCCCUCAGACAACCGCCACUCCGACCCCCGAGAGCAAGUCUAACGCCAACGCCGACCCUACCGUCUGCGCACCCGGCACCGGCUUCUUCCAGUCGUGCGCCAACGGCUUUCGCGGCUGCUGCAAGUCUGACGCUUGCACUAUCGGCUACUGCCCUUCCAAUUAA